UAGGAUUCUAGUGCGGAUCGCUUGGUACUCUUGCUCAUUCACUCAGUCACGCCCGAGAAAAUGUUUGCUGAAGACGCAUUUGUAGGAAGGGCAUAUUGUAGUGAGUAGACGGAGAAGCAAACGAACACACGGGUGUGGAUGGACGCGCACGCGCAGACUGGCAAGCAAAUAGUAGAUUAUGUUACCGUCUACAAACAAAUUGGAGUGCCUACGACUGCUGAUCUGCGGCAUGGGCAACGGAAUAGCAGCUAACCCCGGCCAGAAGACCUCGCGCUUCUCGCAGACGCCCAUCCACAUUGCCGCCUUCGCCGGCCACCCGCACUGUCUGCAGUGGCUGAUUCAGGCGGGAGCAGAUCCCAACGCGCAAGACUACCUGGGUGAGACAUCCCUUCACAAGGCUGCUCGAACUGGGUCUGUGGAGUGUGUAAAUCUCCUUGCAAUGAACAAAGCUACUUUAGGGAUCCGUAACAAUAAUGAUCAAACAGCUGUCCAACUGGCCAGUGCUUGUGGUUUCACUGAUCUAGCCAAUCAUCUGCAGCAGUUACAAGGCAAGCAAGAUGGAAUGACAGGAGCAAGUGGUAUAACGAGGAGCAUCCCAGCACAUGGACUCAAUGGUGGAGUCUUCCCUCCAUGCUCAAACUCUGCUCUCUUUACAAAUACACUCUUGUCCCAGUCCACUAAUGGCCAAGAAGUGACUGUCAAAAACCGUGUCCAGUCCAAUGGUCACAUUCUUCCUAAUGGUUUCCAUUCAUCUCCAGUAAUUGCUAAUGCUAAUGGUCAGUUACCAAAUCAAGCAAAUAAUGGUGUCUGCACCUCUUCCAAUGGAUAUUAUGGAUUUCAGUCAACAAGUGCUGAAGCUAAUGGAGGCAGUGAAGAAUGCGACAUGGAAACGGAUGCAUCUCCUGUAAGCAUUAGUCAGAAUGGAUCGGCCAAUGAACAGAAGAUUGGAGUAGCAACAGGAUUUGUAAAUGGACAAGGAAGGACCCCAAAUGGUCAGACAGACAAGAUCACAUUAGAGUUUACGAAUGGGGAUGUGAUUGGCACAGUUCUUGGGUUUACCAAUGGACACUCAGUAGGAAAUGCCUCUAGAAUGGCCUGUGGAGUAAAUGGAACAUGUCCAAAUGGCUUGGAUGGAAACACUCUCAAAAACCAUAAUAACUUGGGACAAGACAUCACCUUGAACCAUGGGAUUUCUCAGAAUCACAUCCCAGUUGCUGGCUGUAAGAGGUCCCGGGAGGAGGGUUUUAUCCCCGAGAUCAAGAGGAUGAAGACUGAGGUGGACUUUACAGUGAUCGCCUCUGCGCUGAUCUUGCUGAUGGCAAUGUUCUGUGGUGAACCUUCCAGGAUCCAUUUCCAUUUUUGAAACAAGUUCAAAAUAGAGCUUCUUCCAUCAUUAAAAUGACUGACUGCACUAUAUGUAGUCUCCUCAAUUACUUCUUUUUCCACAAAAUAUUCUUUGCUUCAUUGGUCCCAUAUGAUUUUGUUCAAACAUUCGUUCGUAAUUGGUGUUUUGCCAUGUAGGCACUUUGAAAACAAAUCAUUUGAAGAGAGAUUAUCAAAAACAGGUUGAAUAAAGUCAACAACUGCUUUUGGGAUCCCCCUUCUGUGUUUGUAGGUAGCAGGAUUUCUCCUAAACCACACUAAGAGUCCUUUCUUUCUGGACAUUAGUCAUUAUGCAACAUGCGGGAGAACAACACUAACAGCCCAUGAAUGGUUGAUAUUCUUAAGUGCACAAUAGCAAAUUUAAAAAAUUUGGUAUAAAUACCCCAAGGAGUACCUGUAUCUAAGGUUAAAUCAUGUUGCUAGGGAGCACAAACCAAAAGUACCAUGUAAAAACCAUAGACUUUUAUGGUAUUUAGAUUAUAGCUAUAUCAUUUAAGUCAGAAAUUUGGAUUCUACAUGAAAAACUGCAUAAGAAAAAACAAAAAAUAAAAUUUUUGAAAAUUUUACAUUUUAGCAAGGACCUUUCUACCUUAAACUGAUAGAAUCAGAUUUUACACAACUUCAUUAUCCUGAAAUCAAAGAUAUAGUAUAUUCUAUCAGCUGUAUUCACUUGUUUAAUUUUCUGUUCUCAAAGCCAUGCAAACAUGUAUGAGAGACACUGGCAAAUAUUUGGUGUAGUUAUUAUAUUCAUUAUAAUAUAUUGUAAGGGAAAAUGCCUUUUAAAAGAAAUUAGGAAUUCUGAUAUCGGGCAAUAUUACCAAUAGCAGAUUAGUCACACUUUCAGUG